CUGUAUGAAUUUUUCAAAUUUUGAUCUCAUUUUAGUUUUGUGAUUGAAAAAUAGUAUUCAAUAUUGAAUAACCCCAUCACUAUUAUACAGGUAGUAAAUUAUCCUUUGGUAUAUUUCAUUAAUACAAAUGUAUAGUUCCUAUGUCAUCAAUCAAAGAAUGUAAGAAAGCCUCAAGGUACAUGCCCAAGCUCUAAUACUAGUAUGUAUAUAUUAAAAAUUAAAAAAAAUUAACCAAUUAUGACAUAUGAUAUUAGUUCAUGAAUAACCUAGGGUAGUUUCAAAGUUAACUGUUCAAAGUGUUCAAUUAAUAACAUGUAAUUAGAUGACACAUUGUUUAUGAGCUAGUGGUAUACAUAUACAUACUUAUAUAGUGCAGUCUUAUCAUAGUGUGUGCGUGGCUGAAGUUAUUAAGGUAAGGUCUGUCAUUUUCCCAUGUCCCCUGCAUAAAGGUUCAAGUUUUUUACAAAAUAUGUAGAUAGCCAUAAAAAAUAUUCAUAAUUUUUGGUAGAGUUGUCUUAAUGCUAGAAUUAUUCAAUAUAUGUAGGAUUAUCAGGAGUUAAACAUAUAAUGCCCAAGACUGGAAUUAGGAUUAAAUUUUUCGAUAAAUUUCAAGUCAUAAAAGGGCUACUUCAUAUUCAACCACGUUCUUUAUCACACGCAUACAAUCAAAUGUGUACAUACUGAUUAAGACCUAGAAAGGUUUCUUCAACUUUUGAUCUGCUUUCAACAACAUAAAAAUUGCUAAACAAUUCAAUCAUUUUUCUGAAUAUACAUAUAAAUCAUGGCUGAAUUACCAGAUGGUAUGCCCAAUAUUAGUGAUGAACAAUUGCAGAAGCUUAUGGAUCAGUUGAAAGAGAUGACUGAAGAGGCUGAGGCAGGAGGCAGCAUCCCUGGGGGCACACCACCACCCAUCGGUCGAUCCACAUAUGGUGUGAUGGGCUAUGAUAAUAUGUACUUAUUCUUCACGGCCAUUGUCAUUCCAGCUGCUGUCAUAGGUAACCAUGGUGGUGUAACAUAUGGUGGUGUUUCAGUAGUUAAGUUUCUUAACAAUUUAUUGCUUGGCAAUGAAAUAAAAUGUAUAAAUGGUAAUGAUUUGGUACACAUGCUUACCUGGUUCACAUUUUGA